CUUACGAAAGCGGUAGUAGCGCCUCACCCGACGGUGUGUCAGACGCGGCUCCUCCAGAAGUUUUGCGCCCGACCCCGAUCACCUCACCCGGACUCUCAAAUCUGCGUCAAACCCCUCAUCAUUUCACGGUUCUUCUGGGUUAUGGAACUGGAUAAAAUGGACGAAAACGACUGGAAAUAUCACGGGGAGGGCAACAAGAGCCUGGUCGUGUCUCACUUGCAGCACUGUCGAGUUCUUCGUCUGCUGAAGUUUCCCUCUGAAGACUCUGCACAUACACGACAGACCGCAGAACAAGCUUUUCGACACAUCCUAAACAUCGUGGAUUAUAGUAAAUAUGUCAUGAAGCCUUUACUGGAGGAGAAAUACGUUCACAGUGGAGAGGUUGUUAAACUACCACUGGACUUUGUGAGACAGCUGUCGCUGAAGGUCCAACAAGAACGACCUGAACUGCGCUGUGAUAAGGUCAUGGACACUUUCAGUGGGUGUGGUUUAUGCCUUCCCAACCUGACCCAACUUCCCCUCCACCAUCUCAGAGACCACAGACCUCCAAUCUGCGUUGAGAUUAAGCCAAAAUGUGGAUUUCUACCCUUUUCAAGACACAUAACCAAGGAAUGUAAGCGCAAAGUUUGCAGAUUCUGCAUGCAUCAGCAUUACAAGUUAGCCAAUGGGAAGUGGAAGCGAUUGAGCAGAUAUUGCCCUCUGGAUCUCUUCUCAGGGAGCAAACAGCGAAUGUUCGUUGCAUUAAAGAAUCUGUUAGAGGAACCACAAAACAACUUGAAAAUCUUUAAGGGUGGAGAGUUGAUAUUUAGCUGUAAAGAUGAUGCCAAGCAGCAACCCGAACUGAACGAUCUCAUUCAACACCUUCGGCCUUAUUUCUCUCAUAGUAACGGCCUCUAUAACGGCCACCAGCCAGGCAAAGUCAUCCUGAACGAGUUCAUUCAGGUGAUCUGCUCUGCUCUGCUCAGCGGCGGGGACUCGAAUCGCUCGGGAGAGCCCAGGAAGGUGCACCUGUCCGAGAGCAGGCCGCACUGUGAAGCCAGUCCCUUCCCAAGAGACCUGCUCCGCAACGGUAACCACGGCCUCCCUAAAGACAGUGUCCUUGCAAAAAUCCUCCAAGUCCAGAUGCUGGAUAACCUGGAUAUCGAAGGAAUCUACCCUUUGUACAAACGUGUGGAGCAGUAUCUAGAAGAGUUCCCGAAAGAAAGAAACCGACUGCAGAUAGAUGGGCCUUAUAAUGAGAGUUUCAUGGACACGGUGAAAAACUGUCCUGCUGAAGACGACGGCUCUGUAGAAUACGCAGUUGGAAGAUUUCAUUUUGUCACUUUCCAGGUUUAUCAGUAUAGAGUUGCAAUGACCGCCAAAGACUGCUCAGUCAUGAUCACGUUUGCACCCGACGAGGAAGACGAGGAACAGCAGUUGAAUCUGGAGAAGCCUCGUUUCACAUAUUCCAUCUCCAUCCUGGAUCUGGACCCCAAACCAUAUGAAGGCAUCCCUCACCAGUACAAGCUGGACACCAAAAUCGUCAACUACUACCUGCGGAGCACGCAAGCUCCGCCCCCCUCCAGCCUAUAUAAGGAAAGGCAGGAGUGUACGCUGCUCUUCCAUGCUGUAUGAGACACCUCCACAAGUGCUGCUAGGGAAAUACCCAGAAGUGCAGUUGAAGUAGUGAUACCGUUAGUUUUCUUCUUUUUGUUUGCUAUUCUGUCUAGUUUUUUGCCCUCCCACAGGAUUCCGCCACAUGAAGUUG